AUGUUGUCUCCCGCCUCCACCAAGCAAUCAUCAGCCCUUUUCGUCUCUCUCAUCUUCCUCACCAUUAUUCUCACAACACUCGUGUACUUCCUACAAACAUCUUCGAUACCAUUUUUCACCCCCUCAAAACCAGACACCUCUUCACCUCCAUCAUCCCACCAGUCUGAACCCUCUGUACCUUACUCCCUAAACCCACAAUCGCCUUUCUCGAAACCGAUUGUUUUCUCCGAACAUUCUAAUUAUGAGAAUCUCUCGCAUGUAUACGAUGAGCUUUGGGAUGAGCUACUUCCGGAGAAUGGAGGAUUUUUGAAAGUAAUCAGUAGUGAUGUGGAUGGGGAGAAGAGAAUCGGGGAGGAGAAAGGUGCAGCGGGCGAAGAAGUGAAGAAAAAUAAACAUAAAUAUGGGAUUACUAUGUUUCAUUCCCUUCAUUGCCUGGGGAUUAUGAGGGGAGGUGUACAGGAGUUAUUUAGGGAAAUGGAGGAAUUGAAAAUGAAGGUUGGCGAGCUUGAAAUGGGGGAUAUGGGGAGGAGGGAGAAGGGAGGGACAGAGGAGGGAAGGACUGGAAAAAGGGCGGGAGAAGGACAUCAUUUUGGACACUUAGAACAUGGGGAUCCGUUGCAUUGGUUGCAUUGUUUUGAUUAUUUGAGACAGACUAUAUUGUGUACUGCAGAUGGGACACUUGAACCACCGAAAGCUGAUUCUAGGGGGAAAGAAAAUGUGGAUGGAAUGAUGGAGAGGCAGUGUAGGGAUCCAGAGGAGUUGUGGAGGUUAAGUGUUGAGUCUUUUGAGAAGGAUGAGUAG